AUGGAGUUCGUGUCGCCGGAGCAGCUGCGGCUCGACGGCCGACGACCCAAAGAGCUGCGGCAGCUUAAGUGCGAGCUGGGUGUGCUGCGCUCUGCUGAUGGCUCUGCGUCAUUUGAGAUGGGCAACACCAAGGUGCUGGCAGUCGUGUACGGCCCGCGUGAGGUGACCAACAGGGCGGAUGCCCUUCCAGACAGGGCGGUGGUGCGCUGUGAGUAUGGUAUGGCUUCCUUCAGCACGGGGGAGCGGCGGCGACGAGGAAAGAUGGACCGGCGGUCAGUGGAGAUCUCAUUGGUCAUCCGCCAAACACUAGAAGCAGCCAUCAUGCUCGAGCUCCUGCCGCGCACACAGAUCGACAUCUUUGUUCAAGUCUUGCAAGCCGAUGGCGGCACUCGCUCCGCGUGCAUCAAUGCAGCGACGCUCGCCCUCUGCCAUGCAGGCAUCCCCAUGCGAGACCUGGUUACCAGCUGCGCCUCUGGUUACCUCAACGCCACGCCGCUGCUAGACCUGAACUAUGUGGAGGACAGUGGGGGCGGCCCAGACGUCACAGUGGGCUACUUGCCAUCGUCCGAUAAGAUCUCACUGCUGCAGAUGGACGCCAAGCUGCCAAUGGACACGUUUGAGGAGGUGGUGAAGCUCGCAGUCACGGGAUGCAAGGCCAUAGCGCACCGCAUGAGACAGCUGUCUUGUGCGGGUGACAAGGUUGAGAAGAGCACAGAUGCCAGCAAGGCACACUGUGACGAGGAAGCCUCACCCCUCACCCCCUACCCCUUACCCCCUACCCCUCACCCCCUACCCCUCACCCCCUACCCCUCACCCCCUACCCCUCACCCCCUACCCCUCACCCCCUACCCCUCACCCCCUACCCCUCACCCCCUACCCCUCACCCCCUACCCCUCACCCCCUACCCCUCACCCCCUACCCCUCACCCCCUACCCCUCACCCCCUACCCCUCACCCCCUACCCCUCACCCCCUACCCCUCACCCCCUACCCCUCACCCCCUACCCCUCACCCCCUACCCCUCGCCCCCUAUCCCUCGCCCCCUAUCCCUCGCCCCCUACCCCUCGCCCCCUACCCCUCGCCCCCUACCCCUCGCCCCCUACCCCUCACCCCCUCACCCCCUACCCCUCACCCCCUACCCCUCACCCCCUACCCCUCACCCCCUACCCCUCACCCCCUACCCCUCACCCCCUACCCCUCACCCCCUACCCCUCACCCCCUACCCCUCACCCCCUACCCCUCACCCCCUACCCCUCACCCCCUACCCCUCACCCCCUACCCCUCACCCCCUACCCCUCACCCCCUACCCCUCACCCCCUACCCCUCACCCCCUACCCCUCACCCCCUACCCCUCACCCCCUACCCCUCACCCCCUACCCCUCACCCCCUACCCCUCACCCCCUACCCCUCGCCCCCUAUCCCUCGCCCCCUAUCCCUCGCCCCCUACCCCUCACCCCCUACCCCUCACCCCCUACCCCUCGCCCCCUAUCCCUCGCCCCCUAUCCCUCACCCCCUACCCCUCCCCCCUACCCCUCCCCCCUACCCCUCACCCCCUACCCCUCACCCCCUACCCCUCACCCCCUACCCCUCACCCCCUACCCCUCACCCCCUACCCCUCACCCCCUACCCCUCACCCCCUACCCCUCACCCCCUACCCCUCACCCCCUACCCCUCACCUGGUACAGCCGUCUUGUGCGUGCCACGAGGUUCAGAAGAGCGCAUAUGCCAGCGACGCACACGAGGGCCAUCACAAGGAACGUGAGUCGGAAGCAGUCUGGGCCCAUACACCGGUGGGGCAGCUGUGA